AUGUCGCGUCUCAGAGCAUGGUCUCCUACUGGCACCAGCUGCACCGAGUCCUUCGUUCCGGAGCAUUGGCACCUCCAGGCGUUGAAUGAUGCAAUCUCGAGCAAGGUUCUGCCGUGUUCCAGUGGCAUCUUCCCUGUCCAGCCUGAAGACCUCGUCUUGUACUAUGGGGUAGAAGGCCCAAAUUCCAAGGGCCUUGGACGCAUCGAUUUCACAUCUCACACCGACGAACAAGUCAGACGCCUGGCGGAAGCCUGCGAUAUUGCUACGUUCGGUCGCGGCCACGAAGACGUUCACGAUGAGUCGUAUCGUAAGGCGGGAAAGCUCGAUAAGGGUCACUUCGCGACUACCUUUGACCCUGAGCAAUGUGGCCUUAUGCAUGCUAUACGCCACAACAUCCUAGAAGGGCACAAAGGCAAAGCUCUGAAGGUAGAAAUGUAUAAGCUUAACGUUUACGGUACGCGCCUGACCGUUCCAUGUCCUUGUCUGUACAGCCAACCCCGCGCCCUAGGUCCCGGCUCAUUCUUCAAGACGCACAAGGACACACCUCGUGCAGAUAACAUGAUCGCUUCCCUCGUCAUCGUCUUCCCAACUCGCCACGAAGGUGGAGUUCUGGCCUUGCGUCAAGAGUACCGCAAGUUCAAGUUUGACUCUGGGAAGAUCAUAUCCGAGGCUCGGACACCUUCUAUUGCCUAUGCAGCCUUAUAUAGCGAUGUCGAGCACGAGGUUGAGCCGGUCUCAUCUGGAUAUAGGGUCACCCUGACCUACAACCUCUAUCUCAUCGACUCGGUCGCGAGGGACGUGCCACAAGACACGGCAUACGAGCUCGCGCUCAAAGCCGCUUUUGAUGCGCUUCUGCGGGACAGCAGCUACCUGCCCGGCGGCGGCUUGCUUGGCUUCGGCUUGCGCCAUGAGUACCCGGUCGACCUAACCGAAAUUGAACCCAAGAUCUACACUCCUGGCUAUGAGGUCCCGCUGACCCCCCUCGACCAGCUACUCGGCGUUCUGAAGGGAAGCGACGCAAUCUUGCAGAAGGCCUGCAAGGACCUUGGCCUCAAGGCUAACCUGCGGAUCCUCUACCAUGGCGAAGACAGGGAGGUCCGCAUGUGUCCCGGAGUGCCACCCCCUACGACCUGGGAGCACGAGGAUGGUUUCACCUUUUGGCUCGAGAAGUCAGCGCAAGCCAAGUAUAUUGUUCCACCCGAUGGCCAGAACGAAGGGCCUGAAACUGAAGUUCACUGGGCGACCCCUAUGCGCCCUGUGGAUGUCAAAAAGCUCUCCACGCCGUACAUCGCCUUCGGAAACAACGCUUUCAUGUCGAAGAUCUAUAGCACGAUGUGCCUCAUCGUCGAGAUUGGUCCCGCCUACUCGCGUGUCGCUAGUGGAGUGGACUAG